UUUUUUUUUUUAAAAAAAAAAUCAUUCCAGACUUGUUUUUAAAAUUAAUAAAUAAAUUAAAUUAAAAGUCCUCUUAGUCUCUUUAAGCUCUUGGGAAAGAAUCUUACAAGUCUUUGUUCAAAUAACAACAAUAAAAAGAGAACUAAUGACACUUACCGAAACGACGCAGGCUUUAUAUGACAAGGACGAAGACUUAAGUAUCCAAGAGCUAAUUGCCGCACAAAAGCUUGGGAGUCAAUUACCUCAACCUCCAACUCCUACGGCAACCAAUACUUCCGGCUUUAAUUUACACCCAGAAUUAUUAGUUGAUAAACAGUUUCGAUCUAGAAAAACUAAAAAUAAAACCAAUUCAAAUAGUUUUAAUUUUGGUGACGCUUCUGACAUGUCCUUACCAGUAUCUCAUAAUGGUUCAACUCCUUCUAUAAUCAGUAUGACAAAUUCACAUAAUACUAUGCAUAUAUUAUCUAAUAAUAAUGAUGAUAAUGAUAAUGAAGGCACACAUCCAAAUAACCAAAAUCGAUCAAUAAAUUCAUCAAGGAAUGAUCGUAAACAACAACAUCGAGAGAAAUCAAAUAAUAGUGAAAUACCAACAGGUCCUCCGGAAUCGAUGAAAGAUCCUACAUCCAAUUCAUUCUCUUCUCAUGCUUACAGUUGGCCCAUUGCUUUUGCUGUAAUACCACCAAUGGGUGCUCUUAUUUAUGGCAAAUCUGAUGUAUGGAGUGAUUUCCUGCUAUUACUACUGAUUGCAUUUUAUCUUUACAAUAUUAUCAAAGUACCUUGGGAACUUUAUUAUGCAGCUAGAACUAGACGUGUUAUGAAUGAGAAUCUUUCUGGGCAGACUGCAGAUCCAGCUCAAGAACAACAACGAAGUCAGGCUGCUAAAGAGCUUCGUCGUCAAGAAAUGUGGGCUUUAUUGCUCGUAGUCGCCUCGCCAAUUAUUGGAGGUUAUGCGUUGCAUGGGGCAAAAAUGUAUUUGAAUUAUGACAAGUACAUUUCCCAUUUCAAUAUUGUCCUUUUUGUGUUUGCUGCGGGUAUCCGUCCUUUAAUGCACAUUGCUAGUCUUGCAAAAAAUCGAACUUUGCACCUUCAAGAGCAAGUUCAUUAUCCAAGUACAGAAGUUGAAUUAUUAAAACGACGCGUACAACACUUGGAAUAUGAGUUUUCUCAAUUGCGUCGCGGAUUUGCUACAAAACGUGACAUUAGCAAUGUUAGAGAUGGAUUUGAACCUACUCUUUCACAGCUGAAUAAAGCAGUAAGAAGAUAUGAGAAAAAAGAACAAUAUCUUCGAAAUUAUUCAGAAGAAAGAUUUGCUUAUUUGGAAACAAAAUUACGAGAAUAUGAUACAUUUAUUGCUUAUAAGUUACAAGAAGAGCAAGCAGCGACACUUUCACGUAGUAUGAUGCAAGUUAUUUUCUUGCCACUUAAUGUAACGCUUACAAUAUUGGGUUAUGCGAAAUACUUUUUACCACGCGAUAGGCAGAAACCAAUGUUGCAACCCGCUAUUAAUUCUGAAGAAGAAAAAUUGAAUAGCGAAUUUCAACAGGAAAUUUUAUCUGGAAGCCUGCAGAAAUAUUAAAUAGUUUCUUUAGUAUGAACUUUAAUUUUUCUUUAUUUCUAUUUUGAUCACAUGGGUUGGCUGCAUUUUUACUAAUUUAUUUUUUAUUAUGUUUGUUCGUUUUUUUUUGUUAUAUAUUUUACCAUAUGGACAUAGACUUUCAAUUUAUUUACAUUAUUCUAUUAUCAUUUUAUCAAUAUGAUAUUUUAUUCCUUAUGAUGACUUUAUUAGUUUUGCUUUUGAUCAAUUCUUUUUUCUGGACUCUUGUAUGCAAGUCAUAUAAAAAAAGAGGGUGAACAAAAGAAAAAAAAAACCCUACUUUUAAAGGCAUAUUUGUGAAUAGAAUUUCCAUGUAAGUAGUAUACUCAAUAUUAUGUAAGGAAUUAAAUUCAAUAGUUCAAUCAUAUGCUAUUUUUUUCAUCAUUUUAUAAUUGAAUAUAAAAUUUAGUACUUUUAUUAUUUUUUUUUCUUGAUUUUAUACUAUUAUUUUUUUUUUU